ACCGGAAACUGGCGGUGACCCCUCCUGGUUCCCUCCGGGUUCCCUCCUCUGUGGGCGUCGCGUGUGUCCCGGGGGGGGGGGCUGUAGUCGCCGAGGACGUCGAGGGUCAGGCCUGCAGCUGGCCGGGGGCGCGGUGAUGCCCCGGUAUUACGAAGACAAGCCGGAGGGCGGCGCGUGCGCGGGCGUGAAGGAGGACCUGGGGGCCUGUCUGCUGCGGUCGGACUGUGUGCUCCAGGAAGGAAAAUCCCCUCGGCAGUGUCUGAAGGAAGGAUACUGCAGAGCUUUGCAGUAUUCAUUUUUUGAGUGUAAAAGAUCAAUGUUGGAUGCCAGAGCAAGAUUCAGAGGAAGAAAAGGAUAUUAAUACCACCAUGCUAAAAGCAAGAAUAAGAGAAUAUUUUCUUUGGUCAUUAACAUAGAAGAAGCCGAAAUGGGAAACAUGAUGUGUGCUACAGCGAUUUGGUGGGACCAGUCAUUCCCUCCACGGAACACUGGGAAAAAUGGAUGAACACUUGUUUUUAUGUUUUGAGUAAAUGAUUCUCAUGGUUGAAAUUAUUUUUAGAAGAUAAUUUUCAUUGAACAAUUAUGGACUAGAAAUAAUGUAUUUUUGAGAGUUGUCCUAAAGUACAAAGAAUGGAAAGAUGGUUAUUUUCAAACCUAAUUCUUCAUACUAACUUGAAGAUCUAGAAGGCUCCUGAUGUGAUUGACACCAUUGAUAUCUCAGAGCUUAUGUAGAUAGUGUUUUGGGGGAAAGUUCAGGAUAAAAGUUUUUCUUUUAUUCAGUUGGCUCUAUUUAGUUCUAAAGUAAUUGUGAUUACUUGGGGAAGAAGGGCUUCAGGUGCACUGAUUGAAGUAACAAACUGUACAACUCUCUAAAGGCACAGCAGGAUGCAGAACCAGGGUUCUUCACUUCUACUUCUUGACUCUUUCUGCUGCUUCCUAGUUUCAUUUUUAGUCUUACCCUCUUCAGUGGUCCAGUAUCAAGCGUAAGUCCACAUCCUUAAGAACUAUGACCCAAAAAGGGAACUUCCCUUCCCAGAGUCCACAAAUCAAAGUUACUACUACUGGUCUUCCCUGGAUCACUGGGCCUUGCAUCUCACUCUUGUGAUCUUAGCCAGGCUAAGGAUCUCCCAUCAGAAAUCACGUUAGGUGAGUAAUGGGACUCAUCCUUUGAGGAAAGGGAUUAGGAGAAUAUUGAAACAUUUGCCAUGACAUGGCAGCAAGUGUAAAGACAUGAAGUGGUUGAGAAUGCUUAGAAUUAUAGUAAUGUUAUUCUGAUCACUUAGCAGAUAGCCAGGUAAAAAUCCAAACUUCUAACUUGAUGUUUGGAAUUGAAGAACAAUUCUAAAGGAACAUAGCUUUUUACUUCCACAGUUUAUUGGAGAUAAAACAGUCAAGAUAUUAUGUAACUCACUUGCUGUUCUAGAAGUUCAUCUAAAAUUAGGAUUCCUGAGUAUCAGUGAGUCUGCUGUGUAUACUGCUUUCUACCUUUCCACCAUGAGAAAAUUGAUUUUUUUCAAUACUGUUGUAUACCUAUUUAAGGGCUACAACGUGUGUGCGUGCGUGCGUGCGUGCGUGUGUAUGUGUGUGUGCGUGUUGCUGGGAAGGAGCUCAGAGCCUUGUGCUUGAUAGGCAAGUGUGCUACCAUUUACAGUACCCAAUUCCAAGUGCUACAGAUUUCAUUAAAGGUAAUUUUGACAAGAAA